CCCACUGCUCUCAGAUCCGCCAGGUCCUGAAACAUCAAACCGGAUCAGGGUCCUGUCAGCUCAGUGAGUCCAAGUGAAAGUGGCACCACUUCAAGUGCCUCGAGCUCAGCUAUUCACUGUCUCUCUUUUGCACUGGAUACAACAGCUGACCAGGUCCACCAGCUGAGCUGCAGACCCCCUCCUGCCUCCUCCAUCAUUAGAGAACGAGCCAGAGUCUGCAGAAGAGGAGACUCUUCGCAGUCGUCUCUGGUAUCGUUAUGGUUCUGACUCUGAUCCUUGUGGUUCCUCUGCUGGUCCAAACUUCCAGGACUGAUGCACAUUACGAGAUGGUGGGAACCUGCCGGAUGGUCUGRGACCCCUACAGCACCACAGAGGUUCUGCAUGACCUGAGCGUGAUUCCAUCAACCGCUUUCGGACAAGAGACUAAAGGCGAACCGGGUCGGCCAGGGAAGCCUGGACCAAGAGGACCACAAGGGGAACGAGGGCCACCUGGUCUGAGGGGACCACCAGGAGGCUCUGGAAAGACGGGAGAGGUUAUGGUUCCAGGGCAGACUAAACCAGGAGAGCUGAGCCCUCUCGGACCAGAACAUAUCGCCUUCUAUGUGGGUCUGAAGAAUCCACAUGAGGGGUACGAAGURGUGCGCUUUGACGAUGUUGUUACAAACUUGGGGAGUGACUACGAUGUGACCACUGGGAAGUUCACGUGCCAGGUGUCUGGAAUCUACUUCUUCACUUACCAAGUUCUGAUGAGGGGAGGAGACGGAACCAGCAUGUGGGCCGAUCUGUGUAAGAACGGACAGGUCCGAGCCAGUUCCAUUGCUCAGGAUGCUGACCAGAAUUAUGACACCGCCAGUAACAGUGCCAUCCUGCAUCUGGACUCUGGAGAUGAGAUUUAUGUCAAAUUGGAUGGAGGGAAAGCUCACGGUGGUAACAACAACAAAUACAGCACGUUCUCUGGGUUUCUGUUGUACCCUGACUGAUAUGGAACAUGGGUCAGGACUAGUCCAGUUUAUUACAGAGGUAUUUUUUUUCCUGAUGGCAGACUAGCCAAUCAGGUUUUUUGUUUUUCCAGUGUCUUGACCACUGUAAUCCAACAGGUUUAUUUUGAUAUUAAUUAUAUUGGUUCAAUUUACUGUUCCUAUUGACUCCCCCACCCACACACCGACCACACACACACAGACAUUACACGGAGGUACCCUACGGACUGGUGCUGCCUUUUGGAGCUGAUAUUUCAGUGUGCCACCAUUUUGGAUGGGUCCCUCGUGCACUUUCUUUGUACUGAGGAAGAUCUURACCCAACUAAACUAUUCACAACUCCUCGAUUUUUUUCUCAUGAUUUGGUUUGUUACAAAUGACAGAAAUGUAGUUAUGAGACAGCACAGGGGUGCAAUGUGUAUAUGGGCAGUGGUCGAAGACUGGGACCCUGGUGGUCCAACCCUCAGCUACAGAAGCUGACUCUAGGGAUGUGGAAUGUCACUACUCUGGUGAGAAAGGAGCCUGAGCUGGUGUGUGAGGUUGAGAGAGAAGG